GAGGCGAGGCUGUUUCAGGACUGUGUGAUGCGUGGCUGCAUGCAGACUUUGAUUUUAUAACUCGUUUCAGACGACACAUAGUGCUCGCUUCUUGUUUUCAACUCAUCCGCGCAGCUUUCUGAUAUGAGCCCAAAGUCCAGUACCACGCAAGCACCGCCCCUGUCUGUCUCUGCCGGCCAAUUGCGUUACCGGGGUGACACACGCCCCGCCACAUCACGAGCACAUCCUCCACAGCGCCAAGCGCUCAAUAAAUACAGCUUUUUGUCCGGUUUUCGUCCUUCUCAAUCAGUCCAGUUACUGUUUGGAGGCUGUAGAGGCCGUCUGUCACUUCUGUUGCCGUCGCUGUUUGACAAAACUCUCAGGAUGACUCAUCAGUUCCCAUCCCUGUCUCCGGAGCAGAAGAAGGAGCUCUCUGAUAUUGCUCAGAGGAUCGUGGCUCCAGGAAAGGGAAUCCUGGCUGCAGAUGAAUCAACGGGAACCAUGGGAAAGCGUCUCCAGAAAAUCAACGUGGAGAACAGCGAGGAGAACCGUCGCUGCUUCCGCGACAUCCUCUUCUCCUCCCACCCAUCCAUCUCCAACAGCGUGGGUGGGGUCAUCUUCUUCCACGAGACUCUCUACCAGAAAUCAGAUAGUGGCAAGCUCUUCCCCCAAGUCGUCAAGGAUAAGGGCAUAGUUGUCGGCAUUAAGGUGGACAAAGGCACAGCUGGUCUGAAUGGAACAGAUGGAGAGACCACCACACAAGGUCUUGAUGGCCUCUCGGAGCGCUGUGCCCAGUAUAAGAAGGAUGGUUGUGACUUUGCCAAGUGGAGGUGUGUGCUCAAGAUCUCUGAUGGCUGCCCAUCAGCUCUCGCCAUUGCAGAGAACGCCAAUGUCCUUGCCAGAUAUGCCAGUAUCUGCCAACAGAACGGCCUGGUGCCUAUUGUGGAGCCAGAGAUCCUGCCUGACGGAGACCAUGACCUGCUGCGCUGCCAGUAUGUCACAGAAAAGGUUCUGGCUGCUGUGUACAAGGCUCUGUCUGACCACCACGUGUACCUGGAGGGCACUCUGCUGAAGCCCAACAUGGUCACUGCUGGACACUCCUGCACUAAGAAGUACACCCCUCAGGAGGUUGCCAUGGCCACAGUGACCGCUCUGAGGCGCACCGUCCCCGCUGCUGUGCCUGGCAUCUGCUUCCUGUCUGGAGGCCAGAGUGAAGAGGAGGCCUCUGUCAACCUGAACGCCAUCAACCAGGUGCCCCUCCAUCGCCCCUGGAAGCUGACCUUCUCUUAUGGCCGUGCACUCCAGGCCUCUGCUCUUGCAACCUGGAAGGGCAAAGCUGCCAACAAGGCAGCUACACAGGAAACGUUCUGCAACAGGGCCAAGAUCAAUGGCCUGGCUUCCAAAGGAGAGUACAAGCCCACCGGCUCAGCUGACCAGGCCUCCAUGCAGUCUCUGUACACUGCCAGCUACGUCUAUUAAUUACUGUGAACAUUAAGAAAAAAGCACAUGGACCAAAUAUGACUACAAGAAAUGCCUCUGCUGGAUUUGCCUCUUCCCCAGACUCCCAACACCAGGGGAAGACUUCUAUUAACAAUGUUGAACUACUGUUGUCUACUCAAUGAAAUGACCUGAAAUAAAUUAAGUGACCAAAA